AUUCCUGCCUGUUUACUGGGAAAUUAUGAUAUUUAGUGCCCAGUUCAUCGAUAAACAUAAACAUUCACCGCGCUAUUUAUAAAGUCAGCUGACGACUCUGGAAUUAAGCUCCCCCGUCUGGACAAUUGCAGCAUCGCCUAGAAAGCGAAUUUGGACAAAUGGGAUAAAUCCAUCGAUAUCUCUGGACCGUUUUUAAAGUUACUCCCAAGUUCGAAACAGGUCAAGUACUUUUAAAACAUUGAAAAAUACAUGCAUUAAAACUGAACAAUAUAAUCAUAAUGAGUGUGUGCGGUGCUGCUCGGUGCCGGCUGAUCCAGACGCGCAGUGCUGUGAGGAGAAUCCUUCAGCAGAACCGAACCGCCUGCAGCCACACGAAUGGACCUGCUGAGAGCAUCAGGGAGAAGCUGCAGGCUUUCUCAGGAGGAUCCAUAGAGCUCCAGAAGCGGCAGGAGUCAGGGAUCGCGGUGCUCACUGUCAGUAAUCCAGCGCGCAUGAACGCCUUCUCGGGCAGCAUGAUGCUUGAACUGGAGCAGCGGGUGCUUGAACUGGAGACCUGGACAGAAGGGAAAGCUGUCAUUGUGCAGGGAGCUGCUGGAACCUUCUGCUCUGGAUCUGAUCUGAAUGCAGUCAGAGCGAUAGCAAACCCACACGAUGGCAUGCAGAUGUGUGAGUUCAUGCAGAACACUCUAACUCGACUCCUCAGGCUGCCGCUCAUCUCCAUGGCACUGGUGGAGGGAAGAGCGCUGGGCGGGGGAGCAGAACUCACCACUGCCUGUGACUUCAGGUUGAUGACGUCUGAUGGUGUUAUCCAAUUUGUCCAUAAGCAUAUGGGUUUGGUUCCUGGAUGGGGAGGAGCUGCAAGACUCGUUCGUAUUGUUGGCAGCCAAAACGCCCUGAAACUGCUGAGUGGGGCUAAAAAGGUUGAUCCAGACUUUGGAAAACAGAUGGGACUGGUUGAUGAGGUGCUCCACUGCUCUUCUGGUGAGGGAGAUACACUGGCACACGCCGAGCAGUGGCUGAGUCAGUUCAUUAAGGGUCCGGCCCCGGUGAUCCAGGCCGUCAAGAAGGUGGUUAUCUCAGGAAGAGAGCUUCCCUUGGAACAAGCCCUUGAAACUGAGAGGAAUGUGUUUGGGACAGUAUGGGGUGGUCCCGCCAACCUCGAGGCUCUGGCUUUAAAACCGAAACAUAAGUGAUUGAAAUCAUCACUGUGUAACAUUAAAACUGUUGCACUUUUCAGAUCACAUUGUAAAACAGAAGUAACUGAAAAGUUCCUGGAUUGUUUUGCAGAGUUCAUGUCAAAUUGCACAUGCACACAUUAGUAAAUAAAUAACCUAUUUCUUAA